AUGGGAGGUUCGGGGGAGCUACAAUCUGCGGCCGGGGGUGGCGUAGUGGGGGAAGGUGGACGGAGCAAGGAGGCAAUGGGGAUGGUGGCGCUGCACGAGGCGCUGAGGAACGUCUGCCGCAACUUCGACUGGACUUACUCCGUCUUCUGGACCAUCCGCCCCCGCCCGUACCCAUGCCUCUCUCUCCCUCUCGUUCUUGUUCUCUCUCUCUCUCUUUCUUGCUCAUGUUUUCUGCGGCUUCGUUCUUCCUUCUGCAGAAGGUGCCGAGGAGGCAACGGAUGCAAGGUCGGCGACGACAAUGGCAGCCUGUGAGUUCCCUUUCCUUCUCUCCCCUUGGAUUUCAACUCUCUCUCUCUCUCUCUCUCUCUCUCUCUCUCUCAUCCUCCUCUGAUUCUCUUACCUCCGCGGGCGGAUGCCCAGGAUGCUGAUGUGGGAGGACGGGUACUGCCGGACGAGGGCGGGGGAGGCGGACGGCGGGGAAGACCCAGUGAGAAAGGCCUUCAGCAAAAUGUCCAUUCAGCUCUACAACUACGGAGAAGGGUGGGUGCGCUGGGUACGUCUUGCCCUUCUUUUUUUCCUUUCAGAGAAAACUAUACCCGACAAGUCAAAUGCCACCAAAAUUAUGAAAAAAUAAAUUUAAUACAAUAAAUAGUUUUAUUGUGAGAAACGGGUCUUCUUGAUUUUCCUAUACUUAGCCAAAGGGUGAAUACCAUGAUGCACAUAGAACAAAGGUAGGCUAGUUAAAAAUGGCGCCCAUGCGGCUAUUUGGGGGUCUAGAAUGUGAUGACGUGGUACUCCAACAAGGUACCAUAUGGAGAAACUCUAACCUUGUGAGCUUUAGUUUAGAGUCUUAAUUAUCAAAUUGGAUGUGGGAGAGUCCAAGUCAAAUUGGAUGGCCACAAGAGGUGCCCUAAAUGAAUUGCGUAGGGGCACAAGAGGUGCCAAAGAUUUUUGUAAGUCUAAAUUCUUUAGUCUCAAUUGAUUGUGAGAAAAAAAUCGUCAAAUUAAAAAAUAUUUUUGUUCAUGUAAAUGAUAAUUAUUAAUUACGUAACACAUUAAUUUAUAUAGUGCGUUAUUAUUUUGUUCGGAUUAAUGAAUCAUGGUGUGAUUUGACCUGAUGUGAUAUGCACUGCGGACAGAUUGAUGGGGAAGGUGGCGUCUGAUAAGUGCCACAAGUGGGUCUUCAAGGAGCCAUCAUCCUCUUCCUCAAAUGACUGCGAGCCCGGCAUCGCUAACUAUUGGCAGAGCUCCUUCGACGCCGUACGUCACCCUCAUCACACAUACACACGCUCUCUCGCUCUAUGGAUUUUCUUAUCUAGAUGAGCUCGUGCCUUCAACAACAAUACAAAGGGAAGGGGGAAGAGGAUUAAAGAUGAGAGAAACAGAAAGAUGAGUAAGGAACGUAUAGAGAGAGAUGGAGAGAGAUGGAGAGAGAUGGUGAUUGCGUAGAGGGAGAGAAAGAUCGAGAGAGGUGUGAGAGAGAGAGAUCGGCAGUGAUACAAAGGCGCAGAUAUUGCGGAGCGUGAAGAGAAAUGGUUACAAGUAUAGAAGUACAAAGUAUUUAAGAGCCUCAACAGAGAGAUGCAGGCGAUGUGUGAACCGAGGACGACCCGGAAUGUCGUUAGGGAAGAGAGAGAGACUGUGAGGGAUAGACGUAAAGAAAGGGAUGGAUAACAAUACAUAUACUAAAUUGAAGGACAGAUGGAUAGAUAGAUAGAUAGCUAGAGAGAGGGAGAGAGAGUCGUGCCUUGGAGCGGUUACAUCUCAUUCGGAUAUCUAAAGAAGCAAGUAGAGCUUGCCAGUCUUUUUCUGCCUUCUCCUUCCCCUACCACGCCAUUCAUGAGGAAGCAUUACUACUUUACAAUUAUUUAACGUUUUAGAAGCCGAAAUAAUAUCUCCCAUUCUCUCUAAUCUCUAUCUCUUCCCCUUCUGUCUCUCUCUCUUCAGCUUCCCUCGGAAUGGACGGAUCAGUUCGCCUCCGGAAUCCAGGUAAAACAGGAGAAAACCUGUCAGCCAUUUCCUGCCACCCUUGUCGCUACUAACUAGCGACCACUCUUUCCUUCUGCAGACCAUCGCUGUCAUCCAAGCCGGUCAUGGCCUCCUCCAGCUGGGUUCCUGCAAGAUUGUAUGGCUCUCUCUCUCUCUCUCUCUCUCUCUCUCUCUCUCUCUCUCUCUCUCUCUCUCUCUCUCUCGCUCUCUCUCUCUCUCUCUCUCCCUCCCUCUCUCUCUAGAUCUCUAUCUCCCUCUCUCUCUAGAUCGAUCUCUCUCUAUCUACAUCUCUAUCUCCCUCUCUCUCUACAUCUCUAUCUCCCUCUCUCUCUACAUCUCUAUCUCCCUCUCUCUCUCUACAUCUCUAUCUCCCUCUCUCUCUACAUCUCUAUCUCCCUCUCUUUUUCCCUACCUCCGUCUUUUUCGCCAUAUAUAUCUACACAUGGAUAUCCGUAAGUUCCCGAUUUAUCUUUUUGCAGAAUUUCUUUCUCAUUCCACCUACCUCUGCCUCUCUAUCCCUACUCUUCCUGCCUCUCCUCUGUCGCUAAUAGAUAUGCCUACAUGUAUAUUCCCUCUCGAUCUUUCUCACUAAAUCUCUCCCACUAGGCUCUUUCUACUCGCCCCUAAAUUUCAAAUUUUCUCUCACAAUUUAACGUUGUUCUACUACAGCACUAUUGACCAUCAGUUUAAAAUGUUUAUUUAACUCAAUUUUCCCUAGAAUCUUGAAAAUUUUCAUUAAAUAACAGUUAAAUUUUAAUUUAUGAUUGUUACUUCCAGAAUUUAAAUGUUAUAAAUUCCGAAACAUAUUAAAAUGUUCUAAGAAAGUGUAAUUGUGAGCACGUUGUAUCCAAAGCUCGUAUUUUGUAAGUGUUGAUCUUAAAAAAUAUUUUUUAGUGGAAGUUUCAUGUUAAAGAAAUAUUGAUUAUUUUAUUCAUAACAAUUUACGUAUUUUUGCCUACAUAGUAGCAUUUUAGUUUAAAUCCUUGAGAGAAUGAUUGUACACCUAUUAAAAAUAUCCCUGAAAUUGGUUACAUCUAUAUUAUGCAUUUUACUAUAAUAUUUUUUAUUUAAUUAUUAAUUUUAUGCAUAAAAUAAUCAAAAAAUAUUUAAAAUUACAUAACCACCAAGCUUAUCAUAAUGAGCUCCAAGUUCCAUGUUUUGGGUGAUUUUUCUCCACAUGUAUUAUCAGAUGAAGACUUUAACACUAUCUUGACUUGAAAGCAUAAUUAAUUGUAACUAGGGUUUGAUACCAAUAAGCACAUAUAUUCUUGGAACUAAUAUUUUCCACUCUUACUCUUUAAUGUGCUUGGAUGUUGAUGCCUGAAUUGUUACUCUUAAAUUCUCCUCCUGUGCACUCUUUUGCUUUCCACUUUCUCUUUUUCUCUUAGAUUAAAUAGUCUCACAAUCCUAUGAAAAUGAAACUCUCGAUUUAAAUAUAUUUUCAUUAUCUACUUUAAUUAAGUUUAAUCAGGAUGAUCAAAUUUAUUUAAUUUUUAAUAGUUUAAAAUUUCAAUUAAUCAAAGAUGUGAUGGAUUAUGUUAGCAUUGUAUGGUAAAUGUUCCUUAGAUUAUUUUCAGUAGAACUUAAGAAACUAGAUAUCAUAUAAACAAAAUUUGUUGCUUUAUUUAAAACUUGUCACCAAUAAGUAGAUUAAUGUCUUGAUACCUCAAAGCUAUUCCAUCAUUAAAUAUAUGCGUCCAAUGUACAACCCAAUUGUUAAAAUGCUCAUACUCUAUUUUUGUAAAAUAAUUAGGGUUUAAUACAAAGAGGUGUAUUAGGUCUAUCCAACAUUGUUUAGUUCGAUGUAAAGGUAUUUUUGGGUACAUAACCAUGCAUGAACUGAGAAUCUACAAAUGAAGCUUAAAGCCAUGUAUAAGUGUUGGUUGUGACUUUGAUGCCUAAAAUAGUUAACGCAAUCUCUCUUUCUCUCUUUCUCAGUCCCUAAUUCCCUCUCAAUCUAUGUACGUGUUCUAUCAAUCUGUUUCCAGCCUCAUUUGGCGGCAAACUACUUCAGUUCCGUCAUGCUCAUACAUCGUCUUCACUUCGUCUUCCCUGCCUCUAUCUCUCUUUCCUGCGCCUCCCACUCUCUCUACAUCAUCUUGGGGUAUCUCUCUACAACUCCCUUUGUCUUAUAUCCUCUCCCUUUUCUCUCUACUAUCUUUGCUUCAUAUCUCUCUCCCUCCUCCCCCCAUUCUCUCUCUCUGUCUCCCUCUCUUUAUGUAUCUGCUCCGCGGCUGUCCUGAUAUUUGUACCGUCAAUGGAUAACAAAUAGCUUCCAAUGAAUGAUGCGCAGAUACCCGAAGACCUACACUUCGUGUUGAGGAUGAGGCACACCUUCGAGUCGCUGGGUUACCAGUCCAGCUACUACUUCUCCACCAUCUUCUCCUCCUCCUCCUCCUCCUCCUCCGCCGCCGCCGCUGCCGCCCGUGCCGCCACCUCACCCUCCCCGUCCCACUCCUUUCCCUCCCACCUCUUUAAUUGGUCCACGCCCCCCCUCGCCCCCGCCUCCUUCCACCACGCCGCCCCCGCCCACGUGGGCUUCUCCGAGGGCUGCCAGAUGGACGACCCCGAAAUCAAGUGGCCCACCGGUCUCUCCUUCUUCAACGCCCUCACCUCCAGGGCAGACGACGCCGAGCUCCUCUUCGGCGGCGCCGCCGGCGAAGCGCUGGGAACCAAGGCGGCGGCCACGUCGCACCGCCGCGUUGUCCUCGGAGGUAACCAGAAACCCCUGCCCUGGCCAUACCCCGUUUCCACCGGCUUUCAUGCAUUCAUAUCUCUGAAGCUCACCGCAUGUGAGCCGUGA